AUGACUCGAGCGGUAUGUGGAAUUUUAACAGUAUGGGCUUUCUAUCUUGCUUGGAUUGAUGAGCGACUUGGAAUUGAUCAUGUAAUAGCGACGACUGAUGCAUCAUGGAAAUUUAUAUCUUUUUUACUUGUUUUUUUUAUAUUUGAAGAAUUAGCAUUACUUUAUUUCGAUUUAAAAUAUCGUUCAUUUUCAAAAGCAUUACAUUUGCAUCAUUUUUUUGCUUUUAAUGGCUUCUUCUUGGCUGAAUAUUAUAAUUGUGGUCAUUAUUAUGCAGCAAAACCAUUCAUGCUCAAAGCAGGUACACCGUUUCCUGUGUUUGUUGGUGUCUAUUGA